AUGAUAAGAGCGACGUCCGCGUCGCAGAGGACGGAGAUCUCGUGCGCCUUCUUCAGCAGCCCCGACCGCCGCUUCGAGAAGGUCACCUGUCGGUUGAUCUUAUUCUCGAUCCUCUUCAGUUGCACCCUCCCUCUCCCCAUUCCUCCAACCAAACCCAAAGCUGAUCGAUCGCCUCCUCCGCAACCAAAAUCCACCAAAAAAAAAAAAAAACAAACAACCAAAUGA